AUGUUUUUAAAAUACUGCUUUUCUUUUCUUCUUUUUUGAACCAAAAGUUGUUUAAACUUUGAUAGCUUAUUAAGAAAAAAAAACAUUUCAAAACCCACUUGUAACCUGCCAAUGUGAAAUUGUUUGCUGUUUGCUAAACUGCUCUGGGUGUUGUAUUAGGAGAUCUCAGGGAUCAGGAAAGUUUGCACACAGGAACUUGCACUAUGGAGUGAGAUGCAAACAUCUUGUGUGAGUACAAGCCAGGGCCAUUUUAUUUUCCUGACUCACAACUACAGUACAAGUGCUGCUGUUAUUUUUCAGUCAGCUCUGAAUAAUCUUUGCUCAGAUAGGAUAUUUCCAUUAUAAUUUAUAUCAUUUAUAUAAUAAAUUAUAAUUGUUGGGAUUUUGCUUUUCCAAGAUCUUUUAGCAAUUUACGGGUAUAUGAAUAAAUCUGGUGUUGAUUGGGUGUUAGUCAGGACACUAUGCUAUAUUCAGGAUUUUACAGAAUUAAUUUUUUCAGUCAGUUUCUUAAAUUGGAAUUGGAAAUUGGCAGUCUUGUUUUUUUAGUUUUUACAUUUUCCAAACCACAGACAUAUUAUCAGAAUUCAACAGGAUAUGUGUCUGAGGCAAAGCUUUGUCUCCCAAUAUUUCUGAAAGUCCAAAUAUGAGUUGGUAUUUUAAUCCUUUUUAAUCCUAACUCAGACAUUUAACAUGACUAGAAGACACAGAGAAGGUGUUUUUUGUAAGAUUAUAGGAAAAUGACAGGAGAAAGCGUGUGCUGGAAUACAUCUGUUGGUAGGAUAAUUUCCAGUUAUGGAGAAUCUGAUGCAGAAGAAUCAAUUAAAUAACUGUUCUCAGUUGUCCAGUGUGUCAGGAUUGUUUCAAGGGGGUGCUCAGUCUAGUGCCCCAGUAGGUGACUGUCACUCUCCAAUACAGGGUUACACAGCACCAGUGUAACAGGUGACAGUGUUCAAUAAAUACAGCAGCUGCAGAGAGGUGAGGAAUCUCACCAAGCUGGAGGACAGAAUUGCAUUAGGCUGCAAAUGCUGCUCUGCAGCAGCUAUGUUCAUUUCUGUGUGACUUCACAGUCAGCUUUGUCCUUUGUGCUUCAGAGUGUCGCAAAUGUGACGCUGGCGUGCUGGCAGGAGAGGCCAGGAGCCCUGUGUAACCUGGCUGUGGUACUGAAAAUAUUCAGCCCCCCUCCCCAGGUUAGAGUUUCAGUCUUACAGUGACACUGAUGAGUGCUUCCAAAGCUGACAUACUGAUUGCUCUUCAAAUGUUAUGUGCAAUUUUUCAAUGAUGUAAAACAGACGGUCAUGUUUAAAAAAUGUCUCGGACCUGUUUGUGAUGGGAGGAGCUCUAAUUCUAGAAUCGGCAGCUCUUUUGCACUGGCUAGAGAGAGAAGGCUAUGGACCACUAGGGAUGACUGGAAUAUCCAUGGGAGGACAUAUGGCCUCACUGGCAGUGACAAACUGGCCUAAACCAUUGCCAUUGAUUCCAUGUCUUUCCUGGUCAACAGCCUCUGCAGUCUUCACUACGGGUGUGCUGAGUAAGGCAGUGAACUGGAGAGAGCUGGAGAAACAGUAUUUUACACAAACUGUGUAUGAAGAAGAAAUCAUUCAAAUGCUUGAAUAUUGCGGAACGGAUUCUUUCAAGAUGGGACAAGACUUUGUGAAGAACUUCCCUGACAGUGUGGACAGUCUGGCAGACAUGGACAUGACUUCCAGAAUAUUCAGCUUUGAGUCCUUGAAUGACACUGUAUCUAAGGAAUCAGUUCACAGCUUUGCCACAAAUAGAAGUGCUCUAAGUGCCUCUUCAGAAGGACUCUUAAUGCAAGAUGCUCCUAAAAUGCAGUGCAUAAAUCAAACCUUUUCCACCAGUAGCAGUAGCAGUAAAAACUUAACCAGCCCACAAGGACACAGGGUAAAUACAAGGAGAAGGAGUGACACUUUGCAGAGAGAAUCCUUAAUGUUCAUGAAGGGAGUAAUGGAUGAAUGUACCCACGUAGCUAACUUCCCAGUUCCAGUUGACCCAAGUUUAAUCAUAGUGGUACAAGCCAAGGAGGAUGCGUACAUUCCUCGCACCGGCGUGCGCAGCCUCCAGGAGAUCUGGCCAGGUUGUGAAAUCAGGUAUCUGGAUGGAGGUCAUGUCAGUGCCUACCUCUUUAAACAAGGACUCUUCAGACAAGCGAUUUACGAUGCGUUUGACCGCUUCCUCCAGAAAUACACCAUGUGAUCUUUCUAAUGUAUUCAGACUGAUCUCAUUUGUAAUUCAGCUUACUGGAACUCAUGUUUGGAAAACAAACCUCUUGUAGUGUUGAGCAGAUGGUCACUGACUGUUGUAGGUAACAAUUACCAGAAGUGGUAAAGUACCAGCAUUGCUUUUAUUUCAACCCAGUGCCAUUCUGACACAGCUACUUCAGUGUUACCUGUGAAAAAACAACAGCAGCUUUUAUCAGUGCAUGAAUGGUUCAUGGACUUCGUGUCUAAUCAGAUGGUGUGUUCCUUCAAUUCUGAAUAAAUUCUGAAUUGUGUGUCAGUAGAAAACAGACCAAUCAAGUAUUGGAAGAAUGUAAAAUGUGCUGUGGGGCUAAGCUGCUCUCUUGUGUUUGGUGCAGGUUUGGUUUGUUCCAGAUACCUCGGUUACCUCUCGCUUCCUCAUGGCCUUGCUGUUCCUAUAGUGUUGUACCGUGGCUUUGCCAGCACUCAGCCUCUUGUGUUUGUCACUGCUUUUCUCUUCAAGUAUGAAUUAAAAAUGAGCCUUAGCAGAAGGCUCAGCACCACAUCUUGCAAAGAGAGACUUUGACAAUCCAAGGAAAAGUGAGAGAGAUGUUUUCAUUCAAUACAUCUGUGAUGUUUUCCUGCCACUGAAUUAAACCGUGCCAUUACAGAAGGAUCAUGUAGCAAUUCAUCAGCCAGGUUCACAAAACUGGAAUAAGUGAAAAUCAAGUGUCUGGUAAUUAAUUGUUUACAUUAAUUCAGUUGGAUAACAUAAGCUUCCAGAUUUAUUUUCUUUUUUUGGAAUGAUACAUGAAAUAGAAAUAUCAUUGUUUUACUUUCUAAGCACUGGCUGAUUCUAAGCAGUUAAAUUGACAUCAGAUUAUAUGGUGCUAUAAAGACCUGUUGGAAAUACUUCAACAGAUGUCCUUUCUAAAGUGCACUCAGCACUGAUAUGCAAAAUACACUUGCACUGUAUAAUUUAAAAGAUACGUGAGACUAAAGGUUAUUGAAACAGUUAGGUUUGCUCCUUAUUUUUUUAACACUUGUCUAAUAUAAUUGGAUGGAAAAUAAAGAAAUUUGGGUUUGGAACACAUUUAAGAAAAUCCAAAGUCUGUUGUUUCCUCUUUUGGGAUCAAAAAUGCCAACAAAUUACAGUAGAAUAAAAGGUUGUCAUGUACCAACUGUGUGGGUAUCUCCACUUUUUUUUUCUUUUUUUUUGUGGUAAUCUCCUAUAACAUUCUAUUAAAACCAAUCUGCAGAGAAGUUGAAAACUGAAACACUUCAGUAUUUAGUACAGUCACAACCAGGAUUAUUCUGAAACAAACAGAAAAAUCCAGCCAUUUCUCAGGAUGUGUGACUUCUGCACCUUUCCAAUCAAGCACUUUUCAUCUCCGUGGUUACUUUAAAGGUUUUUAAUAGGCAGAGUGUGGAGCAAACAAAGCUCAGUUUAUAUAUUCUCUUGGAUUUUAGUCAGAUACACAGGACUAGUAACUGUGAAGAAAUCAUUGUUCAUUUGAAAAUCAGGUGUGUUCAGACAGAACUGAAGAGAAACAAUUUUGAAUAACCCAAAUGAUAUAACUUACAAAUUUACUGAAAAUGUAGAAGUUCUAGUCUGUUGGACAUUAAAUUGUUUCUUUCAAGUGUU